UGGAGCACAACAUGUUGGAGACCGUGGUCGAGUGGCUCCGCUCAGAGUUAACUUUUUAAUCCCGGUUUUGUUGCGAUAUCACAAAAGAAGAGGAGGCGGAGGAGGUCGGGGAGAGCGAGGGGGAUAAAAAGUCAGUCAUGGUAUGAGUUUAGGCGGAGAGCUGGAGCGUCUCCCUGUGAAAGAAGCACGUCUGUGUUUAACUGCCUAGAGAGGAAGAGUAAGAGGGGAGCGAGAAGCCCGGAGAAGAGGAAAGAAAAGUGGGGUACAAGAUGCAACUCGCCGCGGUGCUGUGGGGCGUUCUGGCAACUUUGCUGCUCAGCCAGAAUCCAGGUGCUCAUGGCAGCGCUGACUGUUCAUGUGGGAAGAACCACUUUACUUGUGCGGUCAGUGCGUUUGGGGAGUGUACCUGCAUUCCUGCCCAGUGGCAAUGUGAUGGAGACAACGACUGUGGAGACCACAGCGAUGAGGAUGGAUGCAUGCUCCCCACCUGCUCGCCACUAGACUUUCACUGUGACAACGGGAAAUGCAUCCGCCGCUCCUGGGUCUGUGACGGGGACAACGACUGUGAAGACGACUCAGAUGAACAAGACUGUCCUCCCAGGGAGUGUGAAGAGGAUGAAUUUCAAUGUCAAAAUGGCUACUGCAUCCGCAGCCUCUGGCACUGUGAUGGUGACAAUGAUUGUGGGGACAACAGUGAUGAACAGUGUGAUAUGCGUAAGUGUUCAGACAAGGAGUUUCGUUGCACUGAUGGAAGUUGUAUUGCUGAACAUUGGUACUGUGAUGGAGACACUGACUGUAAGGAUGGAUCGGAUGAAGAAAAUUGUCCAUCAGACGAGAUGACGGCUACCUGCAGCGUAGAAGAGUUCCAGUGUGCAUAUGGCCGUUGUAUUCUGGACAUCUACCACUGUGACGGAGAUGAUGACUGUGGAGACUGGUCGGACGAGUCCGACUGCUCUUCCCAUCAGCCUUGUAGGUCAGUUGAGUUCAUGUGCAGCAGUGGGAUGUGCAUCAACUCUGGCUGGAGAUGUGAUGGCGAGUACGACUGUGACGACCAGUCGGAUGAGAAAAACUGCACCUCGUCCAUGUGCACGCCUGACCAGUUCCGCUGUGGAACUGGACGUUGUGUCCGGUUGUCAUGGAGAUGUGACGGUGAGGACGACUGCUCAGAUCGCAGCGAUGAAGAGGGCUGUGAGAAAACUGAGAGUCCUCCAUGUGCUCCUGACCAGUUUCAGUGUGGGAACAGGCGCUGUAUCGGUCAGAGGAAGGUGUGUAACGAGGUUAACGACUGUGGCGAUGGGACCGAUGAGCACCCACACCACGACUGCCGGCCGCGCUCCAGUGAAGGCAACUGUAACCAGAAUAAUGGAGGCUGUUCCCAGAAGUGUCAGAUGGCAAGAGGACUGGUCCAGUGCACAUGUCACACCGGAUACCGACUGACAGACGAUGGCCAAACCUGCCAGGAUGUGGAUGAGUGUGCUGAGGAGGGAUACUGCAGCCAGGGCUGUACCAACGCUGACGGGGGGUUCCAGUGCUGGUGUGUUCAAGGCUAUGAGCUCCGACCCGACAAGCGCAGCUGCAAAGCUCUGGGUCCAGAGCCAGUGCUGCUGUUUGCCAACCGCAUUGACAUCCGCCAAGUUUUGCCACAUCGCUCUGAAUACACGCUUCUGCUCAACAACCUGGAAAACGCCAUCGCUCUAGACUUCCACCACAGCCGUGAGCUGGUCUUCUGGUCAGAUGUGACUCUGGAUCGCAUCAUGAAGGCCAACCUCAACGGCUCCAACGUGGAGGAGGUUGUCUCCACCGGUCUGGAGAGCCCAGGUGGACUGGCUAUAGAUUGGAUCCACGACAAGCUUUACUGGACCGAUUCUGGGACGUCCCGUAUAGAGGUGGCCAAUCUGGAUGGAACCCACCGGAAGGUGCUUCUGUGGCAGAAUAUGGAGAAGCCCAGAGCCAUUGCACUGCACCCCAUAGAGGGUAAGAUCUACUGGACGGACUGGGGCAACACGCCACGCAUCGAGUAUUCCAACAUGGAUGGCUCUAAUCGCCGAGUCAUCGCAGACACACACCUGUUCUGGCCCAAUGGCCUCACCAUUGAUUAUGCCAGCCAUCAUAUUUACUGGGUAGACGCCAAACAUCAUGUCAUCGAGAGAGCUGACCUGGAUGGACGCAACCGCAAGGCCGUGAUCAGCCAAGGCCUUCCUCAUCCGUUUGCCAUCACUGUGUUUGAGGACAGCCUCUACUGGACCGACUGGCACACUAAGAGCAUCAACAGUGCCAACAAAUUCACCGGCAAGAACCAGGAAGUUAUCCGCAACAAACUGCACUUUCCCAUGGAUAUACACACCCUGCACCCUCAGAGGCAGCCUGCAGGUGGAAGAAACCGCUGUGGUGCCAAUAAUGGAGGCUGCAGCCAUCUUUGUCUACCCAGCAACAAAACAUACACCUGUACUUGUCCCACUGGCUUCAAGAAAGUGGACCACUACAACUGUGCUGACAGUCUUGACAAGUUCCUGCUUUUUGCCCGAAGGCCGGACAUCCGACGAAUCAGCUUUGACACCGAGGACAUGUCAGAUGAUGUCAUCCCUCUGGCCGAUGUGCGCAAUGCUGUGGCGCUGGACUGGCACGACAAAGACGGCUACAUUUACUGGACAGAUGUCACUACUGACUCUAUCAACAGAGCUCUGUGGAACGGGACCAACCAGGAGGUGGUGGUGGAUAACAGUCUGGAGAGUCCAGCAGGUCUGGCGAUUGACUGGGUAACUAACAAGCUGUACUGGACUGAUGCAGGUACGGAUCGUAUCGAGGUCUCAAAUGCCGAUGGGAGCAUGCGGACGGUUCUGAUUUGGGAGAACCUGGAUCGACCCAGGGACAUUGUAGUCGAUCCAACUGGAGGCUUCAUGUACUGGACCGACUGGGGAGCCAACCCAAAGAUUGAGCGUGCAGGAAUGGAUGCCUCUAAUCGUAUUGUAAUAAUUUCCUCUAAUCUGACGUGGCCCAAUGGACUCGCCAUUGACUAUGAAACUAAACGUCUCUACUGGGCUGAUGCGGGCAUGAAAACCAUUGAAUAUGGCAACUUUGAUGGUUCUGACAGACAGGUUUUGAUUGGUAGUCAGCUUCCUCAUCCCUUUGGACUCACUGUACACGAGGACAAGCUGUACUGGACCGACUGGCUGUCCAAGAGCAUCCAGAGUGCUGAUAAGCUCACCGGUUUGGGCCGCCACACGCUGGCUGAAAACUUGGAGAAUCUAAUGGACAUUCAUAUGUUCCAUCGGCACCGCGAGAAAGUGCACAACCCGUGUGCUGUAAAUAAUGGAGGCUGCAGCCACCUCUGUCUCCUGGCGCCGGCUCCCAAGGCUUCCAGCUGUUCCUGUCCCACAGGGAUCAACCUGCAGAGCGAUGGGAAGACCUGCACACCUGGCAUGAGCAGGUUCCUUAUUUUUGCUCGGCGGACCGACAUCAGGAUGGUUUCCUUGGAUAUCCCCUAUUAUGCUGACGUGGUUCUUGCUGUCAAUAGCUCAAUGAAAAACACUAUUGCCAUUGGUGUCGACCCUAAAGAAGGAAAAGUCUACUGGUCCGACAGUACGCUGAAGAAAAUCAGCAGAUCCAACAUCAAUGGAACGGCACACCAAGACAUCGUAUCCACAGGGUUGAUGACAACUGAUGGACUAGGGGUGGACGCUGUCGGCAGGAAGGUCUACUGGACAGACACAGGAACCAACCGUAUUGAAGUGGCCAACCUGGAUGGCUCCAUGAGGAAAGUUCUCAUCUGGCAAAACCUUGACAGCCCUAGAGCGAUCGCCCUCUACCAUGAGAUGGGUUAUAUGUACUGGACGGACUGGGGAGAACACGCUAAACUGGAGCGUUCAGCGAUGGAUGGAACAGGCCGCGUGGUUCUCAUUAAUAACAACCUAGGGUGGCCUAAUGGUCUGGCCAUUGACAUGGCAGGAUCACAGCUGCUGUGGGCUGAUGCUCACACUGAGCGCAUUGAGGUGUCUGACCUGAACGGGCAAAAUCGGCGUACACUGGUGACUCCUGUCCAGCACCCCUACGGUUUAACCCUCUUGGGCUCCCAUAUCUACUGGACCGACUGGCAGAGUCGCAGCAUCCUGCGAGCCGACAAGAACACCGGAGCCAAUAGCAUCACAGUGCGAGCCAGUCUGCCGGGCCUGAUGGACAUUCAGGCUGUGGACAGGGAAAGGCCGCUAGGUUUUAAUAAAUGUGGCAGGAACAAUGGAGGUUGCACCCACCUCUGUUUGCCUCGUCCCAACGGAACUUCCUGUGCCUGUCCCACUGGCAUUCUUCUCAAAGGGGACGGCAGGUCGUGUGACGACUCCCCUGAGACGUACCUUCUCUUUUCCAACCGAGUCAGUGUGCGCAGAAUCUCCCUGGACACCAACGACCACACUGACGUGCACGUACCGGUGCCCGAGCUGCACAAUGUCAUCUCACUGGACUAUGACAGCGUAGAUGGAAACCUUUACUACACGGAUGUCACCCUGGACGUUAUCAGGCGGGCAAAUCUGGAUGGCACUGGCAUGGAGACCGUGAUCAGCCAAGGCCUGAAGACCACAGAUGGCUUGGCUGUGGACUGGGUGUCCAGAAAUAUGUACUGGACAGACACGGGGCGCAACACCAUCGAGGUGGCCCGCCUGGAUGGGACUAGCCGCAAAGUUCUGGUGAACAACAGUCUGGAUGAACCUCGAGCCAUCGCUGUGUUCCCCAGUAAAGGGUUUCUGUUCUGGACCGACUGGGGUCACAUUGCAAAGAUCGAGCGGUCUCAUCUAGAUGGCUCGGACCGAAAGGUUCUGAUCAAUACGGACCUGGGAUGGCCCAAUGGUCUCACUCUAGACUACGACACCCGAAGGAUUUUCUGGGUGGACGCCCACUUAGACAGAAUUGAGAGUUCGGAUCUGAAUGGGAAACUUCGCCAGGUCCUCGUUAGUCCGGUGUCCCACCCGUUCGCCCUCACCCAGUCGAAGCCGGUGUCCUCCCCUCUAACUCCUUUCUCCCGACUCUCGCAGCAAGAUCGUUGGAUCUACUGGACGGACUGGCAGACUAAGUCCAUACAGCGUGUGGAUAAACACACUGGUCGAAAUAAGGAAACCGUGCUGGCCAAUGUGGAGGGCCUCAUGGACAUUAUUGUGGUAUCUCCUCAUAGACAAACAGGGACCAACCUCUGUGGGGUGAAUAACGGCGGCUGCACCCACCUCUGCUUUGCCAAAACAAACAGUUUUGUUUGUGCCUGCCCAGAUGAACCAGAUGGACGACCCUGCUCCACUAUUUCAGGUUACAUCCCUACCUCACCUGGCAAAGGUGCCAACAGCACUCCUGUUCCCAAAAUGAUCCCUAAAGCUCCAACAGACACUUCACGCAGAGGACCCUCGCUGGUCAACUGCACUGAUGGAAACCUGAACUCAGAAUUCUGUUUGAACACGGUGGUGACAGCUCCUCAUGGGGAAGGACUUCAUAUCAGCUAUGUGAUAGGCGGAGUUCUCACCAUCCUGGCCAUUCUCAUCCUCAUUGCUGCCUUCAUUAUUUACAGACACAAAAAGUCAAAGUUUGCCGAACCGGGAGUGAGCAACCUGACUUACAGUAACCCCUCGUACCGAACGUCCACACAAGAGGUGAAGAUCGAAGCCUCGCAGAAGCCUCCGAUAUACAACCAGCUUCGAUAUAAGAAAGAGGGAGGAGUGGAUGCAGGCUACACUAAAGAGAAGAUCCGCAUAGUGGAGGGUGUGUGUCUACUGUCUAGCGAGGACCUUUACUGGGAUGACCUAAAACAAAUCAAGCACUCCCGAGGCGGCCUCCACACCUGCAUUCGCACCGACACAGUUUCCCUGCAGACCAGCAGCGCGUCGCUCGACGAUGGUGAAACCGAGCAGCUCCUCCAGGAGGAAGCAUCUGAAUGCUCCUCCAUAACCACGCUGACCCCUUCAGCCAUUACCCCACAACGCCACGCCCAGCAUAGCCUGCCCGACACCGGCUGGGCUUCAUUACGCAAGCCCUCAACUGAAAGCGAAGUGUGAGACAAGACACCUGAGCUUUAUCUCAACCAUCAUUGCAGAACACACACAUACACUCCCAGAUGCUGUAGAGCUGGAAAAAUACAAAGAUUAAUAGUUACAAACAUAACUACAGUAAAAUAUGUAAACUAGUAGUACAAAAGAACCUGGUUAGACACAAAAACUCCUGUCUUUGCAGCUAGGACUCUUUUAAUUGUGCACAAACGCAGAACAUCAGGACUCUCAGUGCUGCCUCCAGGCUGAAACAGACAAACAAAAUCAAAUCUGAGGAGCCUGCAGGAAUAAGAAAGCAAAAAGGACUCCAGGGAGGAAGUGAAUGGUUCCACAAACAGUGUCUGGAGCCUUUAUAAAGGAUGGAGACCAGCGCCUCUCUGUGUACAAUGUUAACUCUAUUUUUGUGAACUGUUUUUUGGGAGGAAGUUUAACCCACACACCCCAGAUGAUGUAACUGCUGUGCUUGCCCAAAUGCCACUCGUGUGUUUAUGAACUUUAUUUAUGAACUUUUUUUACUUGUCGAGUGGGUUUGCUGGCUUUCAUAGCGUUACGUUGGACGCUUGUGCAGCACGACUUGGUUGUAUUUAUGACGGUGCCAAAGGGUGGGGGCCUCACAGUCUCCACGCUUCUCUCCUCAUGAACGCUCGCAUCGAAAUCGACCCGAAUUAUGGAGCGUUUUAUGUGUUUCACUUCACCGGCUUGCCGUCGCAGGUCGGAGACCUCUGAAUGAUGUUAGCUUCUGAUUUGCCGGUUUAUCACCUCCAAAUGAGAAAUGGCUGUAGCAGGUACGCUCUGACCGUUCAUUUAUUUUCUGCUGAAUUAACCAGACUGGAGCUAAUUUGAGCUACAUUAGUGAUUGGGUGCAACAGAACAUGAAGCAACAGCCUGAGUGCCAAACAUUUUUUUAUUUUUCUAAAUUGGUGUACUUGUUCUAGGACUCAUGACAUCUUUCUAACUUGCUGCUGCUCAGCUUUGCAGAUUUUUGUGAUUUUAUGCUUCCAAGUUUGGGCAAAAAUGCCUUUUUCUUAUUUAGCAACAUCUUUUAUCUCAGAAAAAAAAAAGCUUUCCCAAGGCUUGUGUAAGGAUUUUCAUUAUAUAAGCUAGCACUUAACUAUUAGAAUGUAAAACCUCGUGUUGGUGACAGAGUCAACGCCUUUUCAUAGAAAAAAAUAAUGUUUUUUAAAUUUUGUUCCCAUUGCAAGUGUGUCACUGAUAACUUUUUAUUAAUUGCUUGACAUUUUAACUUUUUCAAACUUGUUUCUAAACAAUCUUCGAGGAAAAACUUCAGGUUUCGGUUUGGUACUCAGCUGAAGGGCUUAGUGUUCAGUCCAGAGGCGACUUAUCAAAAACUUGGCUCUUAUUUUGAAAAGUAUCUCCUCGGCCAAAUGCUGUAUAAAGGUAAAUGACAACAUGUGUUUCUUUGUUAUUUAAGUUGAAAUCGGUAACUCUACAUAUGAAAUGCACCAGUCAUCUCACAAUUCAGCUUAACAAACCGUAACUUUGGUACAGUGUGCAUGUCUGACCUCUUAACACAGUGGAUGUUAUUAUUUACAUAUAUGUCAAUGACAACAUACUCAGAUUUUAACUAAUGUAAAGAUUUUGUGUAUUGCUUUAUAUUUAGACUACAAUUUUUGCUGUUGAAAUGCAGUACAAUGAAAUACUAUAUUACUAUACUGACAGAUCUCUUUUAGAUUCAAUAGACAUAUUUUGAAGUAUCUGCUACAAGCUCAGCAACUUGCUGAUCUGCUGCUAGACUAAGCACUGAAGCCAAUGAAAGAGGGUCUUGGCAGCUACAUAACUACAGUCUCUAAUGGUUAGUUGACAGUAGGCCUACGAUGUAAGAAAACCCAGUGUCAAAUUCUCUCAGCUCUCAGUCCCUCCAACUCUGCUGCAGGAAUGCUAAAACUGUACAGAUUUUCUCAAAGCGAACAUUUCUGUUAAUAUUGUGUUAAUCGACCUGUAUAGUCUUUUGUACAAAGGGAUUUAAUGAUUUGUAUUAAUUUUACUCACUGGAGAAAAGCAUUUUUUGUUGUUUGUGCUGGAUUAUUUUAACCACUGUGUUUUUAAGCCUUGUAAAUGAUGGGGAAGAUGCCAGUUAUUUAAUAGUGCUCUUUUAUCUUCUGAAAUACUGGUCACAUAUAGCUGUUGUAAAGUUAACAAAAAGAGGUAUUUAUGAUUUUUUUUCCCCUCAUUCUUUUUUGGUUAUGCUGUCACUUGAUGUGUAAAUAUGAAAAGACUGUAUAUGUAUUUCCCUGGCAGUACUAACAGUGUGUGAUAUAGUGAAUUAUCCCUUUGCUAUCUUUUAAUAUAAAAUUGCAUUUGCAUUUCAAUGAAAUCUUUGACUCACUCAUCUUUGCACUUUUGCUCCUGUGUUUAAAUUUUUAUUUCACUAAAUAUUUAUAAUUAGUGCGUUUUUGAGCUUUAUCUCACUUAAAAUGUCUUUUUUUAUGAUUGGGGGAAAUGAAGCCUUGGAAGGAACCAGAGCUGAUCUGAGCUGCUGUUGAACCAGCCUGACCAUUCUCUGUAAACCCUAGAGAUGGGCUGUAGAUGAAAUUCCCAUUAGAUUCGACCAGCCCCUCUGGAACCAACAUUCAGCUCAAGUUUGAAAAUUCAGUCCUAUGAUUGGUUAAUUACUUUUUUGUGUUGCUAUAAAGGGUGUGUUUUCAUUAAAACAGUUCCUACACCAGCUGAUGCCCAUCACUGACGAAGCAACACGCUCAGGUUUAUGUGCUGGAAACGGUGCACCCUCUGAAUUUAAUGGAAUGAAAGCAAAUACCGCUUUUUAGGCAAAGCUGUGAGGCAUGGGGACUAAGCACGUGAGCAGAAGUGAUGGUGGAUCAUUCUGUACAGCGGCAGUCGACGACUUAAAAACAAGAUCUGGAACUUGGAGGCUAGAAUCCUGUGGUGCUUGAAAAGCCAGUCUCAGCUGUCUUGGCCUGGAAUUUCUUCCCAAGCCUCAAGACUGAAGAAACGAGUGGUAGAUGAGAUGUUUGAAGACUAGUGAGUCCUGCCAAUUCCUGCUUCAGUGGAAAAAGGCUUACAGUGCAGAGGGGUGUGUGGUGUGUUGACGUUCCUGAACUCCCUAGUUGGGAUGCUGCCCCUGCGACCCGGACCCAUAUAGGCCGAAGAAGACAAGACGAGAACUCCACACAGACGCAUGGACCAAACUAAAACGACUCACAAAUCACUGAGUUAGCAGCAGUCAGCCUCAUGGCCAGAAAACCUUGAAGUUCUGGGACCAUCAUACAUCACCUAAGGGUUCAUCUGGGACUCUCACCUGUAUCACCUGUCUGCCAAAGAUGACACCGUGUACAUCUGGAAAAUGCGUCACCACCACUAUAAUCUCCGUCACCUCUCAAGGAUAUGAAGUUAUGCAAAAGUUUGAAGUAACAAACUUCCGUUUUAAUGAUUUAUUUUACUAAACAGCUUGUGAGAUUGUGAUUCAUUGUGGAUGUACUAAACUGUGGCAGGUGUGCAGUUUUGUGGUACUAAACCCAGCCUGAUGAGUUGGUGUCAGACCAAUUCACACAAAGUUGCCCAGAAUGACCAGACUCAUUAUUUUAGCUUGGAACUGUUUAAUCCCAUGUAUUGUCUGUUUGACACUUUUGAUAUAAAAUUGUUUUUAUUUAUUUAUUAGUUUUUUUAAAUCAAGUUAGUUCAGUUUCUCUCCUGCUGCAGUGUUGUCUUUUAUUUUUCAGUAUUCUCAUCUCUGUCAGAAAACUUGGGAAACUAACUAGGUUUCUCAACGCGUGCAUUGGAUUUUCAGACCUUAACCAACUCUCUGGUGAGCGUGUCCACACCGUGUUUUUACACUAAAGGUUUGAACACAUUUGCCCUGCGUGGGCUAUGCUCUCAAGGAGAUUGCAUGUUCACAUGCCUGUUAAUAACUUUGGUUUUUAAAACCAUACCUCAGAACCCAGAGCACUGAAAUAACAUUUUACCUGUCGGUGUUUAGUUUUUGCACUUUUACAAGUAAUUUGAAGCUGUUUGGUUUCACCUUUUAACAACCGUCAUGGACAUUAAACUGAAUGGAUCUUGCAGGAUGGAUUUCCCCCACCUGAACUAUGUUGGAGAUUCCUUUUAUCACCUGUUCCAAGUCUUAUGUUUCUGAGAGGAUCUGUAUUAACAUGUCCUACGUCUGUAGUUAUAAAAAUAAGUGUUUCUCCAUUUGUUUUGAUGUUUUCAGAAAUAAAGUACUACAUUCCAAUUCAA